UCCCAAUCGCCAUUACAGCAGAGAAACCGUCUUGCUCACUCAACCAACGAUUGUUAUCGGAGCAACAGCAGUCUAUACAGACCAUCAAAACCCCCGUCCCUCGUUUUACGCUCACAUUCAUUCGAAAAAAGCUCUCAUAACUGUCACCACAACACCACUGUACCCAUAACCAAGCACACUCCACAACAAGAAGCGACCGUGCAGAGGGCCAUAUUCGGCUCAAGGGGUAGCAUCGAAAAGUUCCUAAUCCCAUCGUCCAUUUCCUCGACCCAAAGGACAUCUCCGACAUGAUUCUCAAUCUCAGCACUUCUCGACUACUUUUGGUAACUGCCAUUCUUUAUCGUAGAGUGCAAGCAAACUGUGCAGGGGUUCUGACAGUUAGCGCUGUUGCGCCCGAGAUUCCAGACAUGAGUCAGCAACAGAAACCAUACCAUUCCGAAGUAGGAAAGAUUUCUUACUCGUUGGAUUCGGCUGGCAACUUGGACCUGACUUCUACCACGCCUGGCUUCACCUGUGGUCCUAUCACAAACUUCGUCAGCUCGAACGCCACCUCCAAGACUGCCGUCAAAGACCCAAGUGCACAUAAAUCUAGUGGAGAUGCCCCAGCGAACCAGGACCCGGUCCAAAGUGUUGGAGCACAACUACAUUGCUCACACGAACCGGAAACUGCCGGGGUGGACUUGAUGACGCCAUGGCAAACGCUCACAUUCUACGGCUCGUUGUUUUUCCAGAUCGAAAUGAAGGACGACAAAUGCGCGAAGCCUGCCGAACUUGUCCUGGACUAUAGCCGAUGCAGCUAUAACGCAACGACUAACACUGGUCGACAGGGUUCUGCCAUUCCUUGCAGUUGGACUGCUUCAUAGUAAGCCAUAUCUCGUGGAACGAUGCGGAUGGUUGCACAGUCCAUCGAUACUUCAUUUCUCUUCGAAGAUAGAAACCGUCAGAAUGUGUGAAACUCUUCCAUGGCAGAAGUUUCGCCUAAAUGACACUCUUGUUACACACGCAUUUUGUUUUGGGUCGGCAACAAUUUCAUUGAACCAAAACUGAAUUUAGCACGCAGAAAAAAAAAAAAAAAAACUUGCUUGAUGGAGAUGGUAUCAAUGUAGCCGUUUCACAUGGUCCUUCAAACACUCUUUCCAUGAUGUGAAUUAUCUGCAAUCUCUAAAAUUUGUUAUAUUUUGUAAGCUAGGAUCAGUCAUUUACAUUUUGAGGAAAUCAAAAAAUUGCAUUGCAUUUAUAUAUCAAUGUAUUGGUAACAUGUGUCAAGUAGAUUGUGUUCCUGUAGAUGCAGAGUAGAUCUCUUCCAAUGAGCUUAAGAGAAAAAAAUACAUCAAAUUGAUUUCAG